GUUCCUUGCUUCAGUGCAACUAGUAGCUAGAUUCAUCCCUAAUUCUCUUCAUCCUUCUAAAAUAUCCAUUCAAAUCUUCUAAGCUCAACCAUCAUCCAUCCAUCGAAGGCUUUGUUGCAGUGGUUUUGAAGAGAUUAUAGUGUCAAGAUGGAUCAAGUCAACAAAUUGGCCGCCCAAAAAGCAGUGGUUAUCUUCAGUUUGAGCUCAUGCUGCAUGUGCCACACCAUCAAGAGGUUCUUCAGUGAGCUUGGGGUCAAUCCCACAAUUUAUGAGCUAGAUGAGGAUCCGAAAGGGAAGGAUAUGGAGCGAGCUCUAGCUAAGAUGGUGGGUCGCAAUCCUCCGGUGCCCGCAGUGUUCAUUGGUGGCAAUUUGGUCGGACCAACCGACAAGAUCAUGUCCCUUCAUCUCAGUGGCAAGCUAGUUCCAUUGCUCCGAGAUGCAGGUGCUAUUUGGCUCUGAUACCAUAAUAAAGACAUAAGUGGCUCCAAGGUCAUCUUACCAGAGUUACCACAGUUCUUAUCUUUUGUUGCAAACGAAGCAUGAAAGAAAAUAAACUACAGAGUCAUUCUUGACCCCUUGGCAGUUACACAUGGUUAAGAUACAACACUACCCCACAGGGUGGUGUCUCUAGUCUUUUGUCAAGUAAUUAAAAAUGGGAGCCAUGUUUUUCUUCUCUACCUGGUGGCUAGAGUCAUGUCUCUAAUCUUCCUUUUUAUGGUGCAAUGUACAUUAAUCUCGACUCAAACACUUGAUGUGUCAUUAACAAAUUGUCAAAUUAAUAUAUCUACAUGGCUUUGAGUGUUUGAGCAAGCCAUCGGUUUCA